GUCAGCCCCAGCCCGGUGGCCGUUGGUAAACAGCGCGAGGCGGCCGGAGCGCGCCCCCGGAGCCGCCGUGAGCGUCCGCCGCCGCUUCACCGCCCGCCGAGCGGCAGCUGCAGCGCAGAUCCUGUGGCACUGUUUUGAAGACAAGCAACAGUAUCUCCAGGAUCACAGCAAAUACUUAAGCCGCACUCAACUUCACAAACGGUCAGAAUGUGUAUGACUUGGAGAGGAGCUGAUGGAGGUUGAUAUUCCUAUGUGCCUUUGCCCUCGUUUCUGUUGGAAGUCAUCAGUUUGACUAAUGAGUGUUGUACUGCCAGACAGUGUCAACUGGAAUGGUCGACACCCAGAUCCACUCUAAUCCAUUAUCACCACUUGAAAAUGACUCUAGGAAUCCCUUGGCUGGAGAAUUGGUACAGGAAAUGGAGAAAGUGCAGGACAUUUCACAGUCUAUAGGGGACAACAGCUCAGAGGCAUUCAGUGCUGAUGAGAACCUAACUUCAGGAAAUGGACCUGGAUCAAAUGAAACUGUACAAGAUACUCUUUCUCCAGCUUCUAGUCCAUCAUCAGUAAUCUUACCUGUUACUCCAUUAACCCAAGAUGAAGCUUCCACCUCUGGGCUAUGCAUAGAAUGUCGAGUGUGUGGAGACAAGGCUUCUGGCUUCCACUAUGGUGUCCAUGCCUGUGAGGGCUGUAAGGGUUUCUUUCGGCGAACAAUACGAUUGAAACUGGACUAUGAUCAGUGUGAGCGCAACUGUAAGAUUCAAAAAAAGAACCGGAACAAGUGCCAGUGCUGUCGUUUUCAGAAGUGCCUUUCUGUUGGAAUGUCACAUAAUGCUAUUCGUUUUGGUCGAAUGCCACAAUCUGAAAAGGAGAAAUUAAAAGCAGAGAUCCUAACACUAGAGCAAGAUGUACAGAAUUCACAGAUGGCUGAUCUUGUAUCUCUUGCCAAACAUAUGUAUGAGGCUUACCUAAAGAAUUUUAACAUGAAUAAGACCAAAGCCAGAGCUAUUUUGACAGGAAAAGCUAACGUCCCGCCUUUCGUCAUUCAUGACAUGGAGACAUUACGCCUAGCAGAAGAGAAUUUAGUAUCAAAGCAAGCAGUAAAUGGCAUCCAGAACAAAGAAGCUGAAGUUAGAAUCUUUCAUCGCUGUCAGUGUACAUCAGUGGAAACAGUAAGAGAACUGACGGAAUUUGCAAAAAGUAUCCCUGAAUUUGUAAGCCUUGACCUCAAUGAUCAAGUGACCCUAUUAAAAUAUGGAGUUUAUGAGGCCAUGUUUGCCAUGUUGGCAUCAAUUAUGAACAAAGAUGGGCUGCUGGUGGCCUAUGGAAAUGGUUUUAUGACUCGGGAAUUUUUGAAAAGCUUGCGGAAGCCUUUUAAUGAGAUAAUGGAGCCCAAGUUUGAAUUUGCCAUGAAGUUCAAUGCAUUAGAGUUGGAUGACAGUGACCUGGCUCUCUUUGUGGCUGCCAUCAUUCUUUCUGGAGAUCGGCCAGGUCUGGUUAAUGUAUCACAGAUUGAACAGAUGCAGGAGAGCAUUGUUCAAGCCCUUCGCCUCCAUCUACACAGCAACCAUCCUGAUGCCAUCUACUUAUUUCCCAAACUUCUCCAGAAGAUGGCUGAUCUCCGCCAGUUGGUUACAGAGCACGCACAACUUGUCCAGAAGAUUAAAAAGACUGAGGCAGACACUUUUCUACAUCCACUUCUACAGGAAAUUUACAGGGAUAUGUACUAAGAUAAAUGCAGGUUGUCACCAGUAUUAGACGUUACAAAUCUUCGAGCACUACUAAGAAUAAUUAAGAGUGCGAGGAUUACUUGUUAGCCAAUAAUUGAUACACAGUGCUUCUCUCAGGUUUGCUUGACACGAUUGGCUGAAUUUUGUGCCUUGAGACAAUGUAGUUUAUUUCAUCUGAUCAAAAUUACAGUAUAUUUUUAAAUUGAUUAAUCCAGUGUAUAAUUGAGACAUUUGUAAUUAAAGCAGAUUUGUUACAAGCUAAUCUAUAGUUAAUUACAGUAAGUUAUCAAGAAUGCUAAAUUAUCUAUUUUCAUUGCCCUAAAUAUUGAACCUAAUCAAUUGUGUUCCAACAAGAUGAAAAUCAAAUAGUUUACUAUGAAACUUAAACUGAAAGGAUUAUUUUCCAUAAAUAUCAAUCAUUGCACUCAUUAAAAUGCAGAGUGAAAGAGUCCACUGGUAUUUCAUGCAACAUUUUGUUUUCAAAGAUUUGAUGUAUGUCUUCUGAUUUUUACAUUCAGUAAUUCAAACCAUACAGCCAGAAACUUUGUGAAUAAAUUUUAAGCCUUCACAAUUUUAGACAAUUGAUGAAAUAUUUAUAUGAUUUAUAUACUUUUAUAUUUUCACAUCAUAUAAGUCAGUUAUAAUAAAUCUGAUUCUGAUUGUGCAGAAAAGGAGAAAACCACUACAGAAGGGAUUAAAUUUCUGAACACUGAAUACAUUAGGAUCCUUAUUAUACUUAUAACAGAGUAAUUAAGUCCAGAUCCAUUUCUAAAAAAUGGAAAGCUUUCUGACCCGCAACUGAAAACUAUACUCUAAUGAAACUGCUAAUAAUAACAUUUCAAUAUUCUUCAGACCUCUACCUCUGUUUAAAAAAAAUCCACACUGCUGUAAUUUUAUGUGAUGCAUUUAUGGUUAUUUCAUUCCAUAAAUUAAACCCCUUCUUGCAACAUCUUUGUAAAUUUAUGGUGUUCAACCUGAGAUUGAAAUAGUGAGAAUGGUGUUUUUUUUGUGGUAGUGAGGUUCAUGUUUAAAAUAUGAUUUACAGAAUUGGGUAGAGGUCACUUCUGUCAGAUCAUUAGUGGGGAUAAGAGGUGAAAAGGAAUUUGAGUACUUAUUGAAGUUAUAAACCAAAGUAAGAUUACCAUGCAGCACAAAAGAACAGUGACCAGAUUUUGCUGACAGAGCAGGUUGGUUAUGGAUGCCUCUGGUAGAUAAAUUAGAUUAAUCUAUAAUCUGUGCUUUUCAGUGUACAAACAAAAUGUUCAUUGUAGAUAAACUAUUAAAAGUGAUGACAUAUGAUCUUUUAUCUCCUACACAUCCACACUGCAAAUUUAGUGCAGGUAUUUUUAGUUAGGUGGUUAUUAUCAGACUCAAAAUGUUAAAUCAUUUUUGCACUUGGAAAAGCUUUGACUAAAGGUUAAUUUUUUUUAUUUAAAGGGAAAGAAACAGAAUGCUUUCGCCAAAUUUUUGAAGUUAGUUUCAGUCUGUUAAAUAGUCCUUUAAUAAGUGGUCAAUUUUUAAAAUAAAUUUUAAAGCUAAUGUUAUGCUUAUGCAGUAUAAUUCACAUUAAAAUUAAUUACAACUUGAACUUUAAAACAAAAGUUUUAUGGAAAGUAUAAAUUAGUAUUUAUGUAAAUUUUGAGGUCAUAUACUCUGACAAUUCUGGAAAUGAGAUUUUUUUCCCCUCUUCAGAGACUCAUUUUUAAAAAAAAUUAUUGUGGAGUGGUGAAAUGCCUUAAGCUGGCUUUCUAAGUACUUCAAGAUUGUUCACUACUGUAUGCUAUUUCCCUCAUUCAUGAUUAAAUGUAAAUAAUUGAAAACACUAGUGGACAAUUUUACUUUGGCCAACAUUAAAACUAAUACAAAAAAACAAAUGUAUAAUUUGAGCAAUUGUGUAUGUGUAUUUGCAUGUAUAAAAUUGAAUGGUACUGCCAAAUGCUUUCUCUCUCAAAAUAAUAGUAAUUUGCCUUCAUGUUUGGGGCUUGAGCACUUUCUUAACUCUUGUAUGUCAUAACUAUAUAUUUGUUGCACAAAACUGUAUUUUUCUACUGAAACUUUUAUGACAUUGUACAUUCAUUACAAAAUGCCUUUUCUUGAAAUACACAAUUUCUAAGUGUCCUUUAGGGAUUUGUACAAGGACAUUCCAAUCUUCCACCAAUUGACUCUUAACCAUAGGAAAUAGACUGAAAAUAAUUUAGAUUGUGAAAUAUCAAACUUGAUGAGGGAAGACUGGAAUAAUACAAUGUCAGAAAAGUAUAAAUCCAACAUAAAAAUAUUGAAUUUCCUAUUUUAUUGUUUAUGUGGUACAGUUUUAUUUCUACAAUAAAUUGGUAAGAUAAUUCAUUAGAUUUUCAAUUCUAACCUCAUCUUAUUUGACUCCUGCAGGAUACUUUUUUUUAUAAAUAUCCUAUUCUUUCCCAUAAUCCUUUUGAUUCUAACAUUUAGAUUUAACACAGAUGAUUUCUUUCAUAUGCUGGACUAUAAAUUUCACAUUGUAUACAGUUUUCAUUCAGUAGAGUUUUCCACAGCGUAAUCACUUAUCCUAGGUUCACCUACUAAACUCCUGUCAGUUUCUUAAUAUGAAUCUUUAACAAAUAAUGUUAUUUACCCUUUGUAAUUGUUUAUCCAGCAUAUGAAAGCAAAAAAAAAAAUCAUGGCCUUUCUUGUCUUUUGCUUGGUAUAUUUUCAUUGUGCCUACCGUACACUUUCAUUUUUCAGACCUUUUUAUUUUUUUUAAAGGGAAAGCAAACCGGUAUCGGUUGCUAAAUAUGAAAAGUAAGAGCUUUUUAGAUGAGCUAAUAGUUUAGGAAAUUAUAUUUUCCCAGCUCUGAAAAUAUAACAUACAUUAAUUGUUACAUUUAAGUUAAGCUAAACCAACACAAAUGAGGUACCUGUUUUACGCAUAUAUGACUAACAUAGUGCAAUCACUAAUUUCUUAUGCCCAAGCAUCCUUUGGUGUACCUGUAAGUUCUUAAUAAUGGUACUUAAACAAUCUUGGUUUCCAGAUGCUUUCCUACUUCUAAGAUUUUCAGUAUAAUAACUGAGGCAUAGAACAGUAAUUAUUAGAUGUUAAUUACAUUGGAAUUCAAACUCUGUAAUUUAAAAACAGAUUUUAGGUAAAUCAAAGCCCAUUUUGAAAAGUGAAUCCAAUUGUUUGCAAAACCACUGGGAAUCUCAGUAUAAUACUGGAUUCCCACGAUGCUCUUCACCUUCCCAGGAAAGUAAUUACACUUGAAGUUUGAUUACAGUAAGACAGAGAGUAUGUUUUGUACAAGUCGGGUAGCAUUCAACACUGUAAUUUAUCAGUUUUAGGGAUCCAAAUAUGACACAUUUAGAGAAUUUUGAUUUUGUUUGUUAUGCUUUGUGCCAGUCUUUAUGCCUUUCCCUCUGUCCCAUUGCUUGUUUGCCAUCCGUUCAAUUUAAGGAACAUCUUAAUUGUUAAUUAGAGGACAGUGUUUAAAUUUAGUGCUGUACUAAAUGUUGAUAUUGCCAAAUUGGUGAAAAUCUAAAUAGUCAAUCAAGAGUGCUUCCAUUGAGUAAAGAGGUAAUACUCAACUCUAAAAUAUUCUACCACUAUUCACUAAUAUCCUAUGUACAGAAGUAAGCUAGUGAUUUAUAAACUAACAAAGAUGGCACUAAAUAGCAAUAUCUGCUGUCAAUUAAGGUAUGCUUAGUUAUUUUAUACUUGUAUUGAUUUUCUCCUUUUUAUGUAUUGCAUGAACAUUACAAGCAUAAGUGGCAUUAAAUGGAUAGCUAGGAAUAGUCAACAAAACCUAAUGCAGAAAUUAGUUCUCAGAUUCCCGCAGCAAAAUCUGAGAGAUUUAAAGCUUUGUCAGAACACUUGAGACUGAAUAAAACCCUACAAACACACUUAGUAGGUAAACAUACAGAGUAGGCAUGACAAUGUUUUUACGUUUGUGAUUGCUUUUAUGUUACCAGUUGUUUUUGUUUAACAGUUUUCAUUGCAUUUACUAUUUUUAAAGCAGGAAACAAAUUGAAACAGACUAUGAAUGUUCUUAGUGUUGCAGCAUCAUAUGACAGAGGUUUAUAUUGCUGCCAAGAUAUUCCAACAUGAUGCAUAAUGGAUAAGUGUGGCAUUAUUAAAAGGAUUUUUUUCAGCAGUAGCUCUAAUAUUAGGGGAAAUCUGAAAGUUCUCACAGAAUAUUGUAUUCUUUUGUGACAUGAGCCUUGAGUUUCAUGUCUGGAUGUUUGAGUGUGUUGCAUACAUUUAAUUUCCAGCAUGGAUGUUCUCAGAAAUAUGUGGGCUUGGUUUCCUUUUCAGUGAUAUAUCCAUUAUUGAAAAUGAUGAAAUUUGGUUAUUUUUUCUCAGUGAUGCAAAAACAAAGUCAUGAUGUCUAAAAUCGGCCGUUUGCCUGACCUUCAAACAGAUUGUUGUCUGUUUGAGAUACUAGCCAAUAUAAUGUUCAAGUGCCAGAAUCCUAAAUUCAUACAGCCAAAAGAAGUUAAUUUCUAACCUUUAUUGCUAAUGUUUCUUGCAAACUAUUAUCAGUAAUAUUACAAAAUAUUGUAUCAAACUGUAUCCAUGUGAGUCCAAGUAGCUUAUUUCCUCAGGUUAAAUCAAAAUCUUAUAGAAGAUGUGUAAAUAGAGAGGGAUGUUGUUUCUGAAAAACAGAUUGAUAACCUUGGAAUGGCAUACAGACCCAAGACAGAACAAUAUUACUUUUGCACUUUAUCAUAAACGUAUAUUGAUUAAUUACUGAAUAUAGUUCAUGCUGGCAACUAUUUAAAAUAUAUUAUAUGCAUGGAAAAUGCAUGGGGAAUAUUGCCAGUAGGAGGAUCAUUAGGUUAGGUUUCAUAGCAGUUGUUAUCCUUUUCCACAAUAAAAUUUAUACUCGGAUGUGUUCUGUAACUUAAAAAUAAGGGAUAGUGCUUCAACAUCCAAGUUAGAUAAUAAUGCCUUUUUUGAGCUGUGAUUAUUUUGUGUGCGCGCGCGCGCAAGAAGUUGGUGUAAAUACAAACGAAACUUGUGUUGUUGAACUCAAUGGACUUUGAAAUCAAAAAAUGUUUGUACUUUCACUUUUGAAAAUCAAUAAACUGAAUUUAA